GCGGUCAGUUUAGGUCCGGACUCCAGCGAUUGCUGAAUCAAGCCAUGGCCGGACCUGAGUGGGAGUCGCUGGAGCAGUGCCUGGAGAAGCACCUACCACCGGCAGACUUGCGGGAGGUGAAGCGCAUUCUUUAUGGCAAGGAGACCAGGAAGCUUGAUCUGCCCAGCAGAGCUUUUGAAGCCGCUUCCGAAGGAGACUUUGAACUGCAGGGAUAUGCCUUUGAGGCGGCCCAGGAGCAGCUUAGAAGACCCCAGAUCGUUCGUGUGGGGCUGGUUCAGAACAGAACACCCCUCCCUGCAGGUGCCCCUGUUGCAGAACAGGUCUCUGCCCUUCACAGACGCAUAGAGUCCAUUGCAGAGGUGGCGGCGAUGUGUGGAGUCAACAUCAUCUGUUUCCAGGAAGCGUGGACUAUGCCCUUUGCUUUCUGUACAAGAGAAAAGCUUCCUUGGACAGAAUUUGCCGAGUCAGCAGAGGACGGGCCCACCACCAGAUUCUGUCAGAAGCUGGCAAAGAAGCAUGACAUGGUGGUGGUGUCCCCCAUCCUGGAACGAGAUGAAGAGCAUGGGGAUGUUUUGUGGAACACUGCCGUGGUGAUCUCCAAUUCUGGAGCAGUCCUGGGAAAGACCAGGAAAAACCACAUCCCCAGAGUGAAUGAUUUCAAUGAGUCAACUUACUACAUGGAGGGAAACCUGGGCCACCCCGUGUUCCAGACGCAGUUUGGAAGGAUCGCAGUGAACAUUUGCUAUGGGCGGCACCACCCCCUCAACUGGCUCAUGUACAGCAUCAAUGGGGCUGAGAUCAUCUUCAAUCCAUCGGCCACCACUGGAGCACUCAGGUCACUCAUUGGGCAAGAUCUGGGGGGGCUUCCUGGGGCCCAGCCAUCUUGCGCCCAAGACUAG